ACCGGGUAGCUCUGGCCUCUCAUGCGCGCAACGUAGUCCGAGGGCGGGGUCCACGUGGUAGGGCGCCUGGCUGCUCGUGGGCGCUGCGCUCGGGCGUGUGGGAACGAGAAGAGCAGGAAGGAGGACGAGGACGAGGACGAGGAGAGGCUGCGGAGACGGGAAGAGGUCGGCACUCCUCGAGCGGAAGGGGAAGAAACCAUCGCGCUGAGGAGGCCCAAUAGCGUCGCGCAUGGAGGGCAAGAGGUACGGGCGAGACGGGCGACGUACGCGCGAGAGAUCGAGCAUCCGAUCUCGUUUCGGCUGAUGCGCGCGUUCCAUGAGAUUCCCCUCCCAUGGCUCUGCACUGUGACCUGUCCCGGAGCACAGCUGGGUGAAUAGGGGGCGGAUUCGAGAAGUGGUAGGUUUGGUGAAUUUGCGCGCAAUCCUCAAUGGGGACAGAAAAAGUGGACGAGGAGGAGCAGGUCACUGAGUUCGGCGGGGAGGAAUGGCGCAAGAAAGACGCGACGAAGAGUCCUCUGGGCGACGAGGAAGGAGACAGGGUAGAGCAGGCGGAAAUGGCGAAGGACGCGGAAGAGGUGGGCGACGAUGAGGAGGAGAUGAUCGAUGAUGAUCACGAUGAUGACGAUCCGCUCUGGGAUGCCCCGAGACUCGCCAAGAAACUCUCGGAGAAGCUUGCGAAAGAACCUAUUAAGAUUCGUGUGCACGAUGUCCAGAUUAGGGGAAAUGUGAAAACCAAAGACAGUGUGUUAGAAGCUCAAUUGGAUGAGGUCAAGAGAGCGGGGACAAUGCAAGAGCUCUUGCAAGAAUCUGUCAAGGCGAAUGCCCGACUCCGAGGGUUGGGAGUUUUUGAAAAGUGUACAAUUACCAUUGAUGCUGGUCCCGAGGAGCUCCCAGGAACAGCUAAUGUCAUUGUCGAAGUGGAGGAAUCAAAGCGCCCCUUUUCGGGCGACGUGGGCAUAUUUUCUAAGCCAGAGACCAAGACAUGGACCCUCGACGGUACUGUAAAGUGGAGGAAUCUGCUGGGUUACGGUGAAACAAUAGAUGCAACUGGCUGCUAUGGAUGGGAUACCACCUCAGAGUUGAGUGCUGGGAUCAAUUAUCCUCGUUUCCAUGGGCUCCAAAGUUCGCUGGUUUCUCGCGCAACAAUACUUACUCAAGACUGGCAAAAAUACUCUUCCUAUCGAGAACGGCUGAAAGGGUUUUCUGUAGGUCUGAUCAAUGACGACAGCCAUGAUCUCAGCUACAACCUCACAUGGCGAGAACUGGAGGAUCCCACACGUCAAGCAUCGCAUGCUAUCAGAAGGCAGUUGGGACAUCAUCUGUUGUCUUCCGUGAAGUAUACUUACAAGGUUGACGAGAGAGAUUCUGCUAUGCGGCCUACACAGGGAUUCGCAUUCACUUCCUCUUCUCAGCUUGCUGGACUUGGACCUGAUGACAAAUUGUUGAGAUUUGCCCGACAGGAGUUUGAACUAAGAUACGCCGUUCCUUUGGGAUUUAUGAAUGCUGCUUUGAAUUUUGGCGCUGCUGGGGGUAUCAUCAUGCCAUGGGGACCUAAUUUUCUUUCAAAAGCGACCCCAAUUAGUGAUCGAUAUUUUAUGGGAGGUCAUUCAUCAUUGCUUGGAAAUUUGAAAGGGCCAUCGGCUCUUUUGGGUUUCCGAACCAGAGGUGUAGGUCCGAAUGCUGCCAGGCUUGUUCCUCAACCGACUGCACAAGCCGAAGCUGGUGCAGAGGAAAGACCGCCGAUGGUGGAUACUUUGGGUGGAGAUUUCGCAGUUUCAAGUUUUGUAGAUCUAUCAAUGGACCUGCCAGUCAGGAUAUUGAGGGAAUGGGGUGUUCACGCGCAUGCGUUCGCAUGUGCUGGAAACCUAGUACCACUGACUGGGGAGGAUCGCCCAAAAUUUUCGUUUAAGGGUUUCUUGGAUACUUUCCGUGUUUCUUACGGUGCUGGGCUUGUAUUCCCUACAAAGCUCUUCCGUCUCGAGGUGAACUAUUGCUAUAUAUUGCGGAAACAAGAGCAGGAUCGGGCGAAGAGAGGAAUACAAGUUAGCUUGAAUUCCCCCCAUUGACACAUACCACAUAGAUCCUUUCUUUCUUGAUAUCCCGACCAAAAUCAAACGGCUUAGUGGAUCUCCAGUUAGUCCACCAAUAAUUGCUGGCCAGCGAAUCUAUCUUUGGCAUCAUUUGCCGGAGAGUACUUUGGCCAUGCGUUGCAGAGAACUUUGUCACAAAUUUGAGUUGUUGGAGCUGUCCACCUCCUAAUCAGUUGAGUUGGUAUCAGCAAAGCUACGUAGCAGUUGAACUCCAGAUCAUAGGAUUCUUAAAGCACUAUGUCUUUAAGAACUUGUUGACCAUCUUGUACCCACUCCAUUUGAAUGUGAUAGGAAGAGGGUGAAGUGUAUGAUCUGAUCACUGCCUUCUUGAUGAAGAUAAGGAAGCGAAAGUUUUGCGGUGGGUUUCUUCAGGAUCAGCAAGCUCUACCUGAUUUCAGCCUUUUUAGUACUAUUAAGUCCUUGAACCUGAAGACACCCUCAAGAAAUCGCAAUUACGGUGCACAUCUUGACUAUUUUGGCUCUGUGACUACCGAAAAAUAGACUGUGUUAUUGCCGAUUAUGGUUGGAUUCGAGACUAUUCUCACGCAGUGGAGGUCAAGUGGGUUCCGGGUGUUGUAAUGGCUUCUUUGUGGUGAUUAUAGAGAUCAUUUGAUGAAGGAGAUCAGCUGCAGGAAAGCAUCUCUGAGGGAAGAGGAUGGUGCUUUUGAAGCCUUCGUUCUAUAUCUUGAUACUUAAGUCGGCCUCGUUGACGGUUUUGAUGGGUUUCAGUAAAAUGGAGAAAUCGUUGGGUGUUCCUUCAAUGAUCAUGUCUUCAUGAUAGAUGUUAUUUACGGUCGGUUCCCCUUAACUGUAGGCCUCCGUCUCUUGUUGUCACUGGGGCUUCGUGCCAAAGGGGGCUUACUUUACUUCGGAUCUCAUGGACCUUUCCGUCCUUUUGAAAUCAGCAGGUGAUGAAGCGUCGACCAUGUCUUUUCAUGCAAACAGCGUUUGAAAUGAAGAUGUUGAAGCAUUUGUCUGAAGAUCUUGAAGAUGAUUUUGAGCAUUGAGGACCGGACUAUGACGGCGAUCCAAUCAUUUGAAAGCCAACGUCGAUGUGCCUGUAAAAUAAAUCUGUCAUACAUCUGUGAGUCUACUCUGUCAUGUCGUAAUGUAAGCGCGGAUUUCUUCAAUUUCCCUAGUUGAGCAGAACAAUCCAUAUCUAAUGC